AAGAGCACUGUACGGCCAAUGCUGGCUUACCUCUUAAUGCAGUUUGGAGGCGGGACUUCCGGCUCCUCCCACAUACAUCCUGUCUAAACAGUACUAGGUUUAUGGCCCUCUGUGGGUAUUUCUCUCACAAUUUGUAUUUUUUUAUAUUAGGUUUAUGGGACUUUGAUGAUUUUCUGUGACCUGGCGGGAUAGAGCUGAGAUGUGAGGGGACUCACUGGCAUUGUCCCUCCCCUGCACUCACAUCUCCAGCCUGGGCUACUGGAUGCUGUAGAGAUGCCGUUCCCCGGUGCCACAUUGGGUGCUGAGCCCCACACUGACCUGUCGCUAUUAAAGAGGGAAGAGGAUGCAGUUCCUGUGACUGGUUCUUCAGAAGCAGAACGACAAAUAUUACAUAUAAAGAAAGAGGAAGAAGAGUCAGACUCUCUUGAUCAACUGAACCCAUUGGAAAGACUGACUGCUCCAUUUACUGAUAGGGGCUCCUCAGUGACUCAAACAGAGAUAUCCUGGAUAAAGAUAGAGAAAGAAGAACUGUACUCAGGUGAUCAUGUGACCCCAACAGCUCCAUUUACUGAUGGGGACAAUGAGAAGUUACAGAGCUCCGAUGCCCAGAAGAUACAGACCAACAUGGAGCCCAGUACCAGUUCUGAGAAUUGUGCCACUAUGUUUCCACCAUCAGACUGUGCCAACUGUACCCAAAGCAGUGAUCUCCUGGCCCACACCUGUACUCAGCCUGGGAAUGUUACCGACAGCCAGACACGCAGGAGGCGAAAAAAGGCUUAUAUCUGCUCAGAGUGUGGAAAGCAUUGCAAAAAUAAAUACCGCUUAGAUAGACAUCGUAUGGUCCAUACAGGGGAGAAACCCUUCACAUGUACAGAAUGUGGGAAAGGAUUCAGAGAUAAGCGUUAUGUAAAGAUCCACGAGACAGUCCAUACUGGGGAGAAACCAUUCACUUGUACAGAGUGUGGACUGAGCUUCAGAAUGAAACCUCUUUUAAAGUACCAUCAGAUGGCCCACACAGGGGAGAAACCAUUUAUAUGCACAGAAUGCGGAAAGGGCUUCAGGAAUAAAAAUGGUUUACAAAGACAUCAAAUGGCCCACACAGAGGAGAAACCCUACACGUGUACAGAUUGUGGGAGGGGUUUCUUUACAAGGAGUUUGCUAGUCAGCCAUGUCCGACUUCACACAGGAGAAAAACCAUUCACUUGUCCAGAAUGUGGGAAAAGCUUUUCUCAAAAAAGCAACCUUCGUACCCACCAGAGAGUUCACACGGGGUUUAAACCUUUCAGUUGCGCCGAAUGUGGGAGGAGCUUUGUGCACAUGCGGGCACUGUUGGGCCACCAAAUCUAUCACACAGGGGAGAAACCUUUUAAAUGUGCCGAAUGUGGUUUAGCCUUUGCAAGAAGGCGCUGCCUCAUACAACACUAUAACAGUGCUAAGAAUGAUUGCGUUGGGCCCAGGCAUCACAAAUGUGCCGAAUGUGGCAGAAGCUUUAACUCUAGGUCCAUCCUGAUAAGCCACCAGAAAACCCACACAGGGGAGAAACCAUUGACAUGAGCACAGCCUCCUUACAGGCACCCAGAGCAGUCACACAAGGAAGAGACUAGUGCGUUCAGACUUUGGCCACACAGGGUGGGUAUAGCUGUUGUAUGCACAGCAUGAAAGGAAUAUUAAUGCUAUAAUCAGGGCCGACAUCAGGGGGGA